AUGAUGCUCAGUGCGGACCAACCAGAUCCGGGCUUGCCAUGGGGGCGGUCAGACGCGGAGAUCCUGCUGGACUCGCUGAAGGUGGGAUGCGCGCCCCCGGACGCCGAGGGCAAAGCGCGCUCCCUGGGCGCGCCGGCUCUGAGCAGGGAGGAGAAGCGGCGGCGGAGACGCGCGACGGCCAAAUAUCGAUCCGCGCACGCCACCAGGGAGAGGAUCCGCGUGGAGGCGUUCAACGUGGCCUUCGCAGAGCUGAGGAAGCUGCUUCCAACGCUUCCGCCCGACAAGAAGUUGUCCAAGAUCGAGAUCCUGCGACUGGCCAUCUGUUAUAUCUCCUACCUCAACCAUGUCUUGGAUGUGUAG